CAUUAGUAUUCUAUAUAAAGGAGAUGGAGGAGCCAUAUUUUUCAUCUAACAAAUUAAAGACGCUAGCUUUUAGUGCUAUUAUUAUAUGUACCUCUAUUUCAUAUUGUCAUCUAAAUAAAUUUCUUCUCCUAUUUUCUUUCUGUCAUAUUUCUUGAUCAUGUUAUUGUCUUCAGUUCUUGGUAAGGGUCAUGUGCACCAAAUACCAAAAGAUGGGAUGACGAAAUUCAUCCGUUCAGUCGCAGAGGAGAAACAUGAAGCUGGCCAACCACUUUAUGUACUUGAUUUGGCCACUAUUGAGGGGCUUAUGGACAAAUGGAACCAUUCCUUUCCAAAUGUUAAGCCUUUUUAUGCUGUCAAGUGCAACACUGAACCUGCACUUAUUACCAAACUAGCCAACUUGGGUGCUAAUUUCGACUGUGCUAGCCUAGUCGAGAUUGACAGUGUGUUAAGUCUCGGAAUUAGCCCAAACCGAAUCAUAUUUGCUAACCCGUGCAAGGCUAUUUCACACAUCAAGCACGCGGCAGCUGUUGGGGUUAAUCUCACAACCUUUGAUUCCGAGGUUGAAGUUGAUAAGAUCAAGAAAUGGCACCCACAAUGCCGUUUGUUGCUCCGAAUCAAAGCUCCUAAUGACAGCGGCGCCAUGCGCCCCCUAGGGAAAAAAUUCGGAGUGCUGCCUGAAGAAAUUGAACCCCUCCUGCAUUACGCUUGUAAUGUGGCUGGCCUAAAAGUUGUAGGCGUUUCAUUUCACGUGGGAUCUAUAGCACAAGAUCCCACCAUUUAUCGCGAGGCUAUCGCUAAUGCUAGGGCAGCGUUUGAUGUAGCUGAUUAUCUCGGAAUUCCUAAAAUGCAGAUUCUAAACAUUGGUGGGGGAUUCAGAUCGUCAACCUCAUUGUUCGAGGAAAUAGCUGGUGUGGUAAAUGAAGCAGUCAAAGAUUACUUCCCUGACCCAAAUUUAACUAUGAUUGCAGAGCCAGGGCGAUUCUUUCCUGAAACGGCCUUUACGUUAGUCACACAUGUGAUUGGCAAAAGAGUUAGAGGUGAGAAAAUAGAGUAUUGGAUUGACGAAGGGAUUUAUGGAUCUUUCAGACCAACGCUUUACAACAGUUGCUUCGUGGGUAUCAAGCCACUUUCAACGAAGGCAUCAGAAGAAUCUAGCCAAAUAUGUGAAUCGACGAUUUAUGGACCAAGUUGUGACUCCCUUGAUGAAGUGGCCGUCGAUAUAAAAUUGCCGGAGCUUCAAUUGGAUGAUUUGAUAGUUUUCUAUAACAUGGGUGCAUACUCAAAAUAUGUAGGAUCAAAGUUCAAUGGAUUCGAUAUGUUAUCUACACCUACCUAUCUUGUUAGCACCAACUCUAGCUAAAAUUAUAUAUUUGUACAAAACAAAGAAAGUGUUGGAGCUAGCUAACUUUCUUUGUUAUUUUCUUAUUUCUCUACGUGAGCAGCGUGAUCGAAUAAAGCAUUUUUUAUUAGUUGUUUGAUUUGCA